CUAAUCACAUACAAUUUCUUCUUCCGUAUAUAAACUUCAUCAUCUCUGCUUCUCUAUCUCUCUCCCCUGUCUCCUUCACUCUCCCUCGGCUCCUCGGCCUCUCCUAUGCAUCAGCAAGAAACAAGAGGUGGUUUGGGUCAAGCUGAAAAGGCAGAGAGAGUUGAGCGUGAAGGGAAAGAACAGAGGAAGAGUUAGUUGAACUUAUAAUCUAUGCUGUGAAGCUCAAUUCUUGGAAUUGAUUGAGCUGAGAUAGGAAAAAGAAGGGGAAAAAGGGUGUUAGGAUCUUUGGGUUUCUUGGAAAACUGAGUUGGAAUAUGGAACGUGGAGAGUGGAGCAUCCAUAUGGAGGAUGGGAACAAGAGCAUCCCCUGUUUCUUGAUCUUUUGUAAAGAGAAAAUGGAUUUGGUCUCGGCGAAGAGUGUUGUAAUAGAGUGGGUCGUGGGCUCGACGGCUGACAUUAAAGGGAAAAUAGGGCCUGUUUGGGAGAUAGUAAAAGGCUUUUUUGUUGUCCCAGUGCUGAGGUUUGCUCUGUACAUUUGCUUGGUAUUGUCGUUCUUGUUGUUUGUUGAGUGGGUUCACAUGAUGUUUCUUGCUGCUCUUGCCAAGAUAUUCCGGAAAAGGCCGGGGAAAAGGUACAAAUGGGAGUCCAUGAAAGACGACUUGGAGAAUGCCUGUGUAGAUUUCCCCAUGGUCCUUGUUCAGAUACCUAUUUACAAUGAAAUAGAGGUUUACAAGAUCUCCAUUGGCGCAGCGUGUAACCUCUCAUGGCCUGCUGACAGGUUUGUGGUUCAAGUAUUGGAUGAUUCCACUGACCUUGUUAUCAAGGAUAAGAUUGAGAAAGAAUGUAUGAAGUGGGCAAACGAAGGCAUUAACAUAAGAUACCAAAUUAGAGCAACAAGGGUGGGCUACAAGGCUGGAGCACUUAAAGAAGGCUUGAAACAUGACUAUGUCAAAGAAUGUGAGUAUGUGGCCAUCUUUGAUGCCGAUUUCCAACCGGAACCGGACUUUCUCCGCCGAGCUAUCCCUUUUCUCAUACACAACCCAGAAAUCGGCCUUGUACAGGCUCGCUGGAGGUUUGUGAAUGCAGAUGAAUGCUUCUUGACAAGAAUGCAAGAAAUGUCUCUGGACUACCAGUUUGUGAUUGAGCAAGAAGGAGGAUCAUCCAUUCAUUCCUUCUUCAGCUUUAAUGGAAGUGGUGGAAUAUGGAGAAUAUCUGCAAUUGAUGGGGCAGGAGGCUGGAAUGAUCGAACCACUGUAGAGGACAUGGAUCUUGCUGUUCGAGCUGGACUCAAGGGCUGGAAGUUUGUUUUCGUAGGAGACAUUGAGGUGAAAAGUGAACUUCCGAGUACUUUCAAAGCCUUCCGCUCUCAGCAGCACCGCUGGUCCUGCGGUCCAGCAAACUUAUUCAGGAAGAUGGUGACGGAAAUUGCCAAAAACAAGGAAGUAUCUAUCUGGACGAAGUUCUAUAUAAUAUAUCACUUCUUCUUUAUACGGAAGAUCGUGGGCACUAUGUUCACUUUCUUCUUUUACUGUAUGGUGCUGCCAUUGGUAAGUCUGAUGCCUGAAGUUGAUAUUCCCAAAUGGGGAGCCAUUGUGGCUACUUUUAUUAUCGCCACCAUAAACACAAUCGUCGCAACUCCAAGGUCAAUCCAUUUGGCUGUUCCUUGGGUGCUUUUUGAGAACAUAAUGUCGUUUCAUAAGAUGAAAGCUUUGUUUGUCGGCCUGUUUGAGGCCAAGAGGGCCAAUGAAUGGGUCGUCACUGAAAAACUCGGAGAUGCCCUCAAGAACAAGUCCAAUGAGGAACCAACCACUCCAAAGGAGCCCCGAAGACACAACCGUUUCAGAGAGAGAAUACUAGUACAGGAGCUGAUAAUCGCAGUGUUCCUUUUCGCCUGUGGAUGCUACGGUAUCUUCUACGGACCAGACCAUUAUUACAUCUACCUCUUUCCUCAAGCCAUCUUCUUUGCAAUCGCAGGAUUUGGUUUGUUUGGCACGAUACUCCCAAGUUGUUGACACAGCUAGCAGCAGCACCACACAUUCUUGCAUCAUCCUUAUUUAUGGGUAGCCCAUAAUGUAACUUGAGACUACUAGGACUAAACUAACUCAAGACUGCUGACAGUAGAUAACGGUCUAGGUGUUUUUGUGUCUGGACCAAUGGUUAGUUAAAAUACUUGAGAUUUUUGUUCCUAGGUUGGGAGAGAAAAAAACAUGUGCUUAACCCCUGCUGCUAGGAUUCAUGGCUUGUUGUGAAGCAUUCUUUUGUAACAUGUGAUUGUGGAUAUUGUUCCAACCUGUAACUGAUGAUUUCGAAGAAGCAAGAGGGUUGUUCUUCAUUUGCA